AUGUCGAGAUCAUCGCCAACUAUUCCAAGUUUGGUCAUAUCGCCUGAGAAUAAUGGUGAAUCUAGCACACAGGCUCAAACUAAAAGAAGAGGUAGAUCCUCUAGUUUAGUUAGCCUUCAAGAAGUACCAGCUGACCCUCAAGAAACGCUCGAUCAAGGCGCUUUAAAUAAUUAUAACGCAGAUUGGGUUAAUUUUAAAGGCGCAUGGUUGAUGCAUCUCGUACUUGUCACACUUGGAAAACUAUUGAUUGAUGCUUUACCUGGAAUGACACAAGAGAUUAGUUGGACUUUGGUAAAUUGUGGUUAUAUGGCAGUAACCUUUUUGAUGUUUCAUCAUGUUAAAGGUGUACCCUUUGAAUCCAAUAAUGGUGCAUGGGAUGAACUUACUUUCUGGGAGCAGAUUGAUGGUGGUGCUCAGUAUACGCCAGCACGCAAAUGGUUGACUUGUGUACCAAUAGGAUUGUUCUUGAUAUCGACGCAUUAUACCAAAUUUCAGAGUUGGCUUUUUGCAUUCAACUUUGUUGCGUUGCUCGUUACACUUACACCCAAAUUACCUCUAGUAUGUUCAAUUUGA